UAAAAAAACAAAGGUAGAGUAGCCAAGUAGGAAUAGAUUGGAACAUUGUGUGUUGGUAUUUGGGAGAGUGAAAGUGUGUUUGCGUGGCUGUUUUGUUAGCAUCUGUAGUAGUGAGUGGGGUUGAGACGCCUCUGAUUCCAUUCCAAUGGAUCUUGAUAGCAACGCUCCCAAUUCUGCGAUCAAGAAACGCAAGCAGGACGAAGAGGAUGCCAUUGUAGGCGACAAUGAAAACUCUAUGAAUGUGGGAGAGUCCUCUGGUAGUGGUGACCUCUGCAAGAGUUCCACCUCAGGAUCACUGAAUUCAAACAAUCCCAAUGGUUCUGAUGAUAUUUCAGGUGAGGAUGAUGAGGAUAUGAUUGAUGAAGGUGAAAUGGAUGAAGAUCCUGAUUAUGGCUCUGAAGUUGAUUACGAUGAGGACUACUACGACGAUGUUUAUUCAAGUAUGCAGGAUCAAUUUGACAAUUUACCUACUGGGGUUGAAGCUUCACUGCCUUGGUUGAAGGAUAUUGGUUCAAGUGAAUGCAAGCAAGUUGGUGCUUCUGAAGGAUCAAGUUCCCAUGGAAAAGCAGAAGCCAAGGAUGAUAUUGUGAUGCAAAAAUAUCGGCAAUUUAAGCAAUUUGAUAUUGUUGAUUCUUUUCCUGAUCAUUUCUUUGAUAAGCAGGGUACUUCAGGGGCGCAGCGAUCCAAGAACUGGGCCAAAAGAAUUCAGGAGGAGUGGAAAAUUUUGGAGGAGAAUUUGCCAGAAACAGUAUUUGUUAAAGUUAGUGAAUCCAGGAUGGAGCUUCUGAGGGCUGCCAUCAUUGGACCUCAAGGCACUCCAUACCACGAUGGUCUUUUCUUUUUUGAUUGCUACUUUCCUGAUAACUAUCCUGCUUCUCCCCCGAAAGUUUACUACCACUCCGGUGGCGUUAGGAUAAAUCCAAAUUUAUAUAAAUGUGGAACAGUCUGCCUUAGUCUUUUGGGCACUUGGCAAGGUAGGAAUAAUGAUGAAAACUGGAUUCCUGGAAAAUCAACCAUGCUACAAGUUUUGGUUUCCAUACAAGCUCUGAUUUUGAAUGAGAAGCCCUUCUAUAAUGAGCCUGGAUACUCAGAAUCAUAUGGAGGCAGCCGAGAUGGGCAUAGAAGAUCUAAGGAGUACAGUGAUAAUGCAUUUAUUUUAUCCUUGAAGACAAUGAUGUAUACGAUGCGCAAACCUCCAAAGCAUUUUGAGGAUCUGGUUGCUGGUCAUUUCCGGACCCGAGCACGUGACAUAUUGACAGCAUGUAAAUUAUACUCCGAGGGGGCUCCUGUUGGCUCAGUCGUAUAUAAUCUUGGUCCAACUGUUAGCAAUAGUGCAGCCAAGAACCAGAAAGAAUUUCAGUUAGCUGUCCAUAGAAUGAUGAACACUCUUAUUGCCUUCUUCACUAAGAACGGAUCCACUGAUUGGGAGGAAUUUCGGUCGCCGGAGAUUUUGAAUAUGUCUGCUGCAGCUAGUGCAACUCUAACAGAGUGUUACAACAGUGUGUCUGGUGUAGCAGCAUUAACCCUUUAAUCUCUGAAGCCCUAUUAGGAUGGAUGUUCAUGCUGUGAAUAAGGAGUGUUAGUUAGGUUUCUUUCUGUUCUUACUUUUGGUGGCACUUUUGAUGUCUCACAUCAUGAUUCUCAUUGUUGAAUAUGCCGCCAACUUGUAAAAAUUUGACAUGCUAGUUUAGGGUUUUUGAUUUUCAAAAUGGCUUCAUUAGGCAGAGAAUAGUUUUUCCAAGACAUUUCUGUUGGAUUCUCCAAAUUACUGGUUCUUUAAUCUUAAUUUAACUACUAGUUGUUCAA